GGCCUGUCUCCAGGGGGCUUGCAGUGGGGACGGAGUGGCAGGGGCGAGGCCCAGAAGCUGCCCUGCCUGCUGGGGGGUGUCGCCGAGUCGGUGGUGGCUCAUCGAGAGAUACACGCGGAGGGUGGUGUUCAACUGCUGCUGCCGCGAUGUGAUUGGCUGGAAGGCGGUGACGGAGAGCAGGGCGGAAGGCGGGCCUUGUCUGGGACAUCUUCUACGAGAGGGGGGAGGCGGGGUGUCAAUUAGCGUCAUGGACAGCCAGGUGAGGAGAUACGAGAAGUGGUGCAGAGACUGGAGCUGGUGACGCGAGGCUGCGAGGCGCGCGAGGUCACGCCCCUGCGGGACGGCGUGGGCCAGCCAGGCUUCCUGAUGAGCGAGGAGGGGCUUCGUGACGGAGCUGCAGCGCUUCGGCUACGCGGAGAGCGGCGGGCUGCAGCUGGGCGCCCGCGUGGUGCGUCUGUGCGGCCAGGGCCUGGUCCACCUCAGCCCCGACGAGAGGGCGCGCCUGCUGCGCACCGCACACAAGAUCCACAUCACUGUCAUCCCCCCGGACGAGAACGGAAAACCUCGCAGGAGUUUCUCUGAGCUGUACCAGAAGGCCAUCCAGGAUGCUGAGCGUAAACCUGGGGAGGGCCAGUCUGGGGAAGCCUGGGUGCUGGAUGAGAGGGAGGAGGAGGAAGAGGAGGAGGAAAAGGAGGAGGAGAGGAAGCAAGGCGAGGGCAGGGAGGCAGAGAUGAUAGAGAUGGAGGUGGAGGGAGGAGAGGCAGAGGAUCCCCGGUCAGACAAGGUCCAGGGUGAGGAGGGUCAGACGUCGCUCCUCUCCCCCGCGAGCCUGCCCCUGCUUCGGGCCACUUCUCUACAGGAGGCCCCUUCCCUCCAGGCCCCAGAGGACCCCGCCACCCAGCUGACACGAAGCUGCUCCCUGGAGAGGGAGCCUCACUGCAGGGACAUAUGUGACAGACAUGUAUAUGACAACGUGGGCCUGAAGGUGGACGGCCACAUCUACGAGAACUCCGGCGAGCUCCGAGACGCCACGCCCGACCUCAUCCUCGCCGUGAAACCCAAGGUCCCUCUGGAUGGAGAACAGUCGGUGGGCGCUGAGCUGGGUGAGGACGGCGGGCCCUCGCUGGCCCCCUCCCAGCUCUCCUGUCUGGACAGAGCAGAGAGGAACUCCAGAGCUCUCAGCCUCCACUACUCCAUCACCAAGAUCCUGUCAGAGAACACAGACUCGUCAGAGGAGGAGUGGCAGUCCAUCUCUGACCUGGCGUCAGCCUGCAGGAGCAUCCUGGAGGCCCUGUCACGAGAGGACCGCAGAGCAGGAGAUGGGAGUCUGUCUGGAGCAGACGGAUCCUCUCUCAGCGGACAGACCGACGGCAAGAUCAAGGACAUGAAGGACAGUGAUUCCCCGGGACACCUGGAGGAGAAGGUCUCCCAGCUGGAGGCCAUGCUGAAGAGACUCCAGGACGACCUGCAAAAGGAGAAGGAGGACAAGGCGGUGUUGCAGGCUGAGGUGAAGAGCCUCCGGCAGAAUAACCAGCGGCUGCAGGAGGAGUCCCAGACUACGGUGGCCCACCUCAUCAAAGUCACCGAGCUGCUGUGCAAUGUCAACAAGCCCUGCUAGCUCUGUCACCGCACUGUAGCACACACACACACACAUACACACAGUAGCAUGUGUAUGCACACACAGACAAACACACACACACACACAGUAGCAUGUGUACAUACACACAUACACAUACACACAUUGUAGCAUGUCUACACACACACAGUAUGGAUACACACACGUCCACAGACACACGUAUGCAUGCUCGGCACAUACUCAAACAAACACACACACAAAAUCACACCAAGUCAAUUGUGUACACAUCACAUUGACUAUAUACAAUACGUGUCCCACCUGAACAGUACUAGAUGUGUGCGCAGACACAUAUGAGUAAACAAAAGUGCACCCGCCACUCUCUGUAUAUAAUCCCUGUCCCAGUACCCUGGGACGAUCCUGGGGUUCAAAAGUAUGCAACACCCAUCCUAGUUUUCCGUGUCCUGGUCCUGCUCAUGGACUGACCACAUAUACAGCCCACCCAGAGGCUGCUGACUUCACAGUACUUGUUUCUGUAGUGUGUGUGUGCGAGUGAGAGCGUGCGUGCAUGUGUGUGUCACCAUAGUUCUUCUAUCUUACAUACUUGACAAGUUGGGCUGAAUAGCGCUUGCUUUCGAAGCAGUUCGACUGACUAGAAAGAUGUUGCGUAGCAUGUGAGGCGGACGUCUUCUCCACCAGAGCCAAAAGUGUGUGAACAGUGUGUCUCCUUACGCACACAAGACCCCCAGACCCCUUCACCUCUCUCUGCCCAGUGCCAUGCACCCUCUGCAGGGGAACAGCUCAGUUGUGGAUCACUAGAGGAGAGAGGGCCUGACAAUGAGGUGGCCGCUGGCGUGGUCCUGCUUCAAAAGACAGAGUGAUGUACACUGACUCCUCGCUCAGCAGCCCCAUUCGAGGGACCGGGUCUCUUUGUUUCGGGUCAUUGUCCCUCCCCUGGGGGACUCCUCAGUGCCAUUUGAGUGUUUCUGAGCCCUUCAGACGGAUCGGUAGCAGAGAUGCCCAUCUCUCAUGACUCAGAUGAAGUGCAGCCGACGGGGUCGACAUUUUUUGGGACGUUUUCGUCAGAGGAACUGCGAGGAUUUGUGACAGGAAUGAAGACGAUGUCGCACCGAUACACCUCAGCUGUACAUGAGACUGUGUCUGGAGAGUUGACCUUCAUAUUCUUCCUCUGUUGACUGUAGCAGCUACACUGAAGAGAAGUGUGCCCCCUGCUGGACUGAGCCUUGUCUUGCAGCUCUUAAUUCCUCCACAAACAGAAGAGAAAAAAAAACAUGUAGGCAUUGAACUUAAAACGGACAGUCCUUUAGAAAAGAGUAUUAUAGUUACACAUUUGUAUUAAAAUGUGUUUUGUGUUUGGCUGAUGUCUUCAGAGACUAUUCUGUGUUUGUAAGUGUGGCUUAACAGGGAGGGAUGUGAAGUGUGGCAGAGGAACUGUCUAUUCCACCCUCCAGUAUGUUUGUGUGUGUCGCUGCAAUAUUUUCUCCUCGCACUUUUGGCAUAGCCUCUCUCAGCACGGGCCAGGGAGACGUAUUCAACGCGCCCAGGUUAUGAUUUGCUUGAAAUGUGAACGUGGGUUUGUUCUGCUUCCCCUCACCCUGUGUUCAGGUGCAGCUUUGAAGACGCCAGAAACAAUGGGAGGUCAAAGGUGAGCCCAGACGGCUCUCCUUCAACACUGUCUGCUGACUGGGGCCAAGGCAGCUGUCCUGCACCCUGCAGAACCACAUACACACACACGCGUGCAUGCACGCAUGCGCACACACAUACACACACACUAACAUGUUCACACACACACACAUUCUACACUCCAAAAGGGAUGCCAAACAAUCGCCAGUCACUCGGACUCGACGCUCUUCUUUGUUGUAAAUACUCCUUUACUUCCUCUUGUAAUUUUAAUUUAGAGUCACUGUGAUAACCAGGUACCAGCAGAUUAUGAUAUAACUCUGAUUAAAUUAUAAAUCUAAAUUUAUCUUUAUGUGAAGACAUGUAGAGCUGAAGGGUUCUGUGUUCUUUAGUGUAUUGGGUUGUGUCUGCCCUCCAGAGUGGGGCAGACACACAGAAAGACAGACAGACAUGCAGACAGACAUGCAGACAGACAUGCAGACAGACAGACAGACAGACAUUAGCCCAGGAGUCCACAGGGGCUGUUUGAUUCGUGCUGUCUCUAAGGGUGGAGUCUCCUGGGGCCUGGGCCACAGGGUGGGAUGAGGGACAAGAGUAUUUUCUGUUUAACUGUGUUCUGUAUAGUUCAUUAGAUUGUAGGAAGUUGUACAAGCAUGAAAACGAUGCCCGGCAACUUCCAAGCUCCCCUCUGUAUGUGUGUAUGUAUGUAUAAAAUGUAAUAACUUA